AUGGCAAGAAUAUUUUUACUUCUUCUUCCAGGUCUUGUGGCCAUAGGUGCUGUGCAUGGAAUAUUUAUGGACAGCCUUGCUUCCAAGAAGCUCUGUGCAGAUGAAGAGUGUGUCUAUACUAUUUCUCUGGCUAGAGCUCAAGAAGAUUACAGUGCCCCAGACUGUAGAUUCAUUAACGUUAAAAAAGGGCAGCAGAUCUACGUUUAUUCAAAGCUGGUAAAAGAAAACGAAGCUGGAGAAUUUUGGGCUGGCAGUGUUUAUGGUGAUCACCAUGAGGACAAUCUGGGCAUUGUGGGUUAUUUCCCCAGCAGCUUGGUCAAGGAACAGCACGUGUAUCAGGAAGCCACCAGGGAGGUUCCCACCACGGAUAUUGAUUUCUUCUGUGAGUAGAAAACUAGUCCAAACUGCAGAGAGAAAGGGAACACCAAAACUAAAGGUGUAUGUAAUAAAGUGCUUGCAG